CAAAACGAAACUGACUAAACGGCGGAAUGUUAGUACUGAAGAUUUCAACGAUGCUGACAUCAAGAAAUUUUACGUUCUACAAGGAGUAACAGGUACUAUCGUCGUCCUAGAAGAACUGGGGUUCUCCUUUCCCUUAAACAGCGACGGAGAAGUUGAAAGGUUGGAAUCUAUCGUAUCGGUGAAUCAAAAUGCCAGAAUGGAAUACGAAAAUUUACUUCAAUUUUCUUUGGAGCAGCAUCUUACCAAACCACCCUUUGCUAUUCUGGAUCUCUUUACGGAAGUUGCAUUAGAAGAUUUCAACUAUUCCGGCUUGUGUAACUAUACCGGUCGCAACAAAAAAGCGAUGAAAAAUUAUAAGAUUUUUACGACCUGCAUUAACAAUGCGUGGAAGGAACACUACACCGAAGAAGAAACUGUGCAUUUCGUACGACGCGUAAUCAUUUUGAUUGGAAAUAGGAAACGAUCAAGAAGGCUCAAAGGGAAAACCACGAAAAAUCCUGCGAAAAAACAACCUGCCAAGAAGAAAAAGAUUACAAACUCCAACAACUCUAAGAAUAAAAAACAAUAGAAUCACAAACCUUAGAGGGUGCGUGAGAAACCCAUCGAUGAUGUUUUAAAUUUUCUGGAUCAUAUCUUCUUUUCUCAUAAUUUUCCAUGGCAAUAAAAUGUACCUUUUUGCAUCAUAUCAACACAUGGUUUACCAGGAGGAUUUAAUUGUGAAGAGCUAUUCUACAAAGCAGUUUGUGACUUUAACGUGUUUUCUUCGCUGUAUGUCCAAACAUCAUAGGGAUAGAAAAAGAACCGAAGCGCGAUAGCGGAACUAUUUAACGUGCCAAAGAAAAAGUUCGAAUUCAGCGAGACCACCAUUCCCUGCUCAGUUCUGCAACUAUUUCUAGAGCAACUAGAGUCGUUGGUUAUUAGUCGUAACGCUUUGCGCGUGGA